GAGUGAAGCUCCCUCCUACUGCACAGCACUGGCUUUUCAUUCCACACACACACAUACGUCUGACUCGAACCCGAAGCGGACUGAUAUGUAGCCUGUUGUCAUGUACAGUGACAGUAUCAGAACAAGAGGACUUCACCCUGUACCGUUUGAGAAGGCAUUCUAAGAGAUGUCCCCAAGUCUAAUCCACCUUCUAUCCCGCAGGGAAGAUGUCAGCGACAGCCGAGUGUCAGCAAGCCUCUCCACGGACAGGAACGGCACCAUCGAGAUCACCAACAGCAGCAGCAUCUGUCUCGUCAACCCAAAGUACGUCACAAAACCAACCCUUGAUUUGGGUAUUAUUUCGACAAAAGAACACGAACACCGGUUGCUAUUUCUAUUCUUCUCGCUCCUGCGUUUCUCCGAGUAACUUUUGCACAUCUGAGUUUUCGUGGAUGGGUGGUUCCAUGUGAGACAUCACUUAGCUGAGCGUAUCCUUCUAUCCAUCACGAGGUGACGUACACCGGCUCAUUGCACGCUGCAUGCAAGUUCACCCUGUGUUUCUUUCAAGUCCACAACAGUACCCGUGCAGUCACACCCCAUCCAUCAGCUCAGACUGUUUCAGCAGGAAGGCUGGAAAAGUACAACAAAAAAAAAAAGAGAGAAAAACAAGACUUUUUAUAAAAGUUGUCAAGUGUAUUUUUGACCUAUACUCUGUCUUGAGAAAUAAAUCUAGGCAUGCAGGCUUCCAGUCCGAGAGAGAAGCAUUAAACUGUGCCAUUGCUAUCCUGUCCUCCCCAGGGUAUACAUGGCCAGUCGCUACUGCUUCCAUCCCCAGCCCUCUGUGCGCACCACCAAGACCGAGGUUUGCUCCUUCACCAAGGACGACAACACCGCCACAGGGGCGGUGGGCCUGCUGACCUAUGACCUCCUCCACGUGAGGACCGGAACGUUCUCCGAGCAUGUGGCCGUCAUGUUCUCUGUGCCAUUAGACUACAACCUGUACAAGAACCGGUUCGGUGUGGGCGUGUUCGAGGUAGCCUGUGCCUGUGACAAAAACCUGUACAAGCGCAUGUACUCUGACAAUGACUUCAGAAAGUUUCCCCGCGCCGAGGCCCGUGGGUCAGGAAUAGAGUGUAAGGCCGCCCAGGUUGAUCUGAGGGCCACCAUGUCCAACGUGGGCAAGGCUAUUGUUAAGGUGGAGCUCUAUGAUAGAAUGGGCCGAUAG